GGAAUACAGGAAGUAGGGGUGCACUCAUAUUUUUAACAUCAUGGACUACAGAAACACACUUUCUAUUUUUCUUCUUUAAUUCUUUUUAAAUUUUUAAUUAAGUUUUUAGCUUGAAAUGGUCAGAGCUGAUAAGAUGGAGGAGGAGACGGCAAAUUUCAAUUUCACAGAGUAGUGUUCCUCCAGUCUAUGGGUUUGCAAGACUAUGCUUACAUGCUCUGCUAGUUCAGUGGUUCCACUAGCUGGGCCUGCAGUAGAAAGACCAUUCUUCCAGCAAGAAAGAUCUAAACCUCAUGCCAUACCCAGAGGUCCAAUUACUUCUCCCAUAGAACUUUUUCUCUUUUGGGUUCACACACUUCCAGAACUAUAAAUGAUGCUGGCAUCCAAUACCCAUUGAGCUUGUUUGUUUGUUUUUAAAGGAACAAUAGAUUUCAGUUAGUUGGUCAUUCUAAAUACAUGUUCCAUUCACUAUUAUCACUAAAAUCAAACGCUAAUUUAAUCAAUAAUUUUUAACUUCGUGUAUGCAUCACUAUAAAGAAUUAAGGGUACAUGAUAAGGAAGCUUGACAAUAAAGUAAAGGCAUAUCUGAUCUACCAAUUACCUAAGAGCUAGUCAAGCCCAUUCCACAACUACCCAUAGACAAGUUUCUCUCUUCUUCUUCCUAGUCUUAUCCCUAAAUUCAAGCCCACUAGUCAACCAGAUCCAAAAAGGAAACAUAACAGCAUCAAUUUCCAAGUGUGUUAGAGAAAGAAAAGAAGUUCAAGAAAUGAAGCAAGAGACACUCACUUUGCUACUGGUGAAUCUUGCUGGGAUCAUGGAGAGAGCAGACGAAUCUUUACUCCCUGGAGUAUAUAAAGAAGUGGGUGCUGCCUUGCAUACAGACCCGACUGGACUUGGCUCCUUGACUUUGUUUAGGUCUAUAGUUCAGUCUUCUUGUUAUCCCCUAGCUGCAUAUUUAGCUGUUAAGCACAACCGAGCUCAUGUUAUUGCUUUCGGUGCACUUCUUUGGGCUGCUGCUACUUUUCUUGUUGCCUUCUCCUCUACUUAUUUUGAGGUGGCUGUAUCCAGAGCUCUGAAUGGCAUUGGGCUUGCUAUAGUUGCACCUGCAAUCCAGUCCCUGGUUGCUGAUUCAACUGAUGAUAGUAACCGUGGUACAGCUUUUGGUUGGCUACAACUAACAGCCAACAUUGGUUCAAUUGUUGGGGGACUAUGUUCAGUACUGAUAGCUCCCAUAACAUUCAUGGGAAUUCCUGGAUGGAGGCUUUCAUUCCAUCUUGUUGGAAUAAUAAGUGUCAUGGUGGGUGUGCUAGUCUACCUUUUUGCCAAUGAUCCACACUUUUCAGAUGCUAGUAUGAAAAAUAGGAAUCAAGAUGUAAGUAAAUCCUUUUUUUCAGAAGUGAAGGAUCUAGUCCGAGAAGCCAAGUCAGUCAUAAAAAUUCCAUCUUUCCAGAUAAUAGUGGCUCAGGGCAUCACUGGUUCAUUCCCUUGGUCAGCUUUGACAUUUUCAGCAAUGUGGUUAGAGCUUAUUGGGUUUUCCCAUGAAAAGACAGCACUCCUCGUAGCAUUAUUUGUAAUUGCUGGUUCAUUUGGGGGCUUGUUUGGAGGCAAAAUGGGGGAUAUACUUUCCACACGUUUCCCAAAUGCUGGAAGAAUAAUUCUGGCACAGAUAAGCUCUGCAUCAGCUAUCCCUCUAGCAGCAAUUCUUCUGCUGGGUUUACCUGAUGAUCCAUCCACAGCAUUUAUGCACGGAUUAGUCUUGGUCGUCAUGGGUCUGUUCAUUACUUGGAACGCUCCAGCUACAAAUAAUCCAAUUUUUGCGGAAAUAGUACCUGAAAAAUCCCGGACAAGCGUCUACGCUUUGGAUAGAUCUUUCGAGUCCAUACUCUCAUCAUUUGCUCCCCCAAUAGUUGGACUGCUUGCUCAAUAUGUUUAUGGUUAUAAACCCCUUCCUAAAGGAUCCAGUGAAUCUGAAGAGAUUGCUACAGAUAGAAGAAAUGCUGCAUCAUUGGCCAAAGCUCUGUAUACAGCAAUAGGAAUUCCAAUGGCCCUGUGCUGUUUCAUCUACUCAUUCCUCUAUCGUACCUACCCAAGAGAUAGAGAGCGAGCUCAUAUGGAAGCGCUGAUAGAAUUAGAGAUGGAACAGUUGAUUUUAGAUGAUUCACCUACAAGCAGAGGAAAUUGUCAAGUUGAGUUGGUUGAAGCUGAAGAGGCAUCUGUUAUUGAAAUGGUUUAUGAAGGGGAGGAUUGUCCUGAUCUUGAUGACGAUGAAGAGAAGAUGAUGCCCUAUCGCCAGUUGACAUUUUCCAACCUCAGUGAAUCGCAGAAGAACAUGGAUUUUGAAUUUUGAUAAUGAUACAAUGAUGAGAAACUAGUUAGCAUUCACUUCUCUUGGUGAACGUUAAAAGAAGCUGCGGCUGGCUUUAUCUACAAUGACUGCUCCCUUUAAAGCAUUCCGAGACAGCUCGUGGAAAUUUUUCUUUUGAGGACUAUGAUAAAUGAAGCACAUCAGUGCAGCCAUCCAAAAAUUAUUCAUAUUCAUAGGAGUAUAAACAAGUGAAGGUAUUAGGCUAAUUGUACAGGUCUCUCUCUUUCUCUCUUCUUUUUUUCUUUGGGGGGACUAAACAAAAUUGUGUUUAGAUUUGUUGAAAGAUCCUUUGUGAGGACGAUAUCAGUAAAGAGCAAACACAUUUCAUCAUUA